AUGCCUGGCUCGUCUCUAUGGCUUCUUCCACCGGAUGCGCAUCCGUUGAACGAUGUGCUUACCUCCCUGAUCAAGAGAACAGCCACGCGCUAUGGCUCGUCAGACCUUUUUAUCCCACACGUAACACUUACAUCGAACAUCUUGCCCUCGACUUAUGAAGCGGAGCCCCAGAAAUGGCUUGACUCUCUGGAUCUCCCAGCAGGGAACGAAGUCCAGGUGGAGUUCGAAAAACUGAGCAGCGAGGAUGUUUAUUUUCGCAAGCUCUACAUCAAGUGCCAAAAGACCGCCGGACUGAGAGCGCUAGCAAAGGCCUGCAGGGAGCAGGCUGUUGAUCAUGGAGAUAAAGAAACAGCAAGGAGGUGGGCAGAUGAGGUGUACAAUCCGCACACAAGCCUACUGUACUACGACUGUCCACAAAUCAGUGCGAAAGAACUUGGAGAGACAAGCGAACUCUCUCGGGAGGAAGGCAUCGACCUUGUAGAGCGAAAUGAGGGGUCGUCUUGGACUGGUGGUCGCGUUGUACUAGUAGCUACCGACAAGCCAACUACUGAAUGGAAGCCCAUCGCCGAGAGAGUAAUAUGA